CAGCCCAGCCCUAGACGUUGUGGGGAAGCAAGGAAUGUGAGUGAGCACAUGGCCAUUAUGUGCAUGGCAAUGAACUUUAUUGCCAGCAUGGCUGAAGUUUAGGCGCGAAACCUUGCUUUCCUGUGUCCCACUCACCUGAGGAGUAAAACCCCACCUUCACCUUGUCAUAGGUUGUAUUAUCCAAUAGGGGUACCCCAGAUAACUCAUCCAUAUGUAUUGAGGUAUCAUGUAACUGUUCAAUAUGUAUUGAGCUGGCAUGACUAUAAAUAAACCAGCUCCUCUAAGCUCCGCCCACUGGUUCAGGAUUCCUGGGUCUGGCAAGUAGCAACUUCUCCCCUGUCUCUCUCUUCUCUAUCUUUCUUACUAAGGCCUGGUCCUUAGACCAGGCCUGCCUUGCUAAGGCCUGGUCAUUAGUCCAGGCCUGCCUUACUUCCUCUCUUUCUCCUAAUGCUAUCUAGCAUUAUCUACCUCUUGUAGUUCCUAGUCUCCUUUCCAUCUGCACUAGCUUUGUCCUCUGACCGGUACGGUGUUAAAAGAGGAUCAUUGGGUGGUUUCAGCCUGAAUAUUCACACCCAGUGGUCGGAGCUUAGCUGUGGCUCAUACAAAUAAUAUUCGUCUACUGACUCGGUUACUCACAUCUCUAAAGUCGGCCCGUUCACGCCCUUCACGGGUAAAAAUCUCUUCUCUAUCUCUAUCCUCUCAAAUUCUUCCCCCCAUUGCAGCCUCUUGCAGGCCGGGAGGUUGCAUUCUGGCGCCCAGACGUGCCUAGGCCCUGCCCCUGGCAUUUUCUCGUGGCAUUCUACCUUUAUUUCUCACAGCGGUUUGGGAGGGCGCGCCCCAACACGUGAAGGAAUUCUUCAGGCACGCGUGAACGAAGCCAAAAGACGAUUCCCUUCAGGUCUGGAAAAAGGAAGAUAAUGGAGAGAUCUGGACUCCCAGUAAGCAUCUCAAACCGUGGAAGGGACCGCUUCCAGAUGCAAGGGGAGCAGAGGAACAGGCUCACCAGUCUAGCACCGCACCGGCUGCCCGAGACCAGGACGAGAAGCAGACGAGCAUCGCUGCUGUCUCCAGUCAGCUACCUGAUGGUCAAGCGCAGGGCACCGGGAUCGAAGGCAACACUGGUGAAUGCACGCACUCUGAACACUGACAUUACAUUUACUCUGAUGGCAUUCACUAUUUUGACUUUGCUGAACAUCUGUCAUGCUGAAGUCUACUGGUCCAUCGUGCCCAAACCUCCUAUUUUGAGAAUGUUAACUUGGAUGGACAAGCCCCCUCUGGUAUAUGUUAACAACACGGACUGGCUACCACACCCUAUUCUAGCCAAACGUGUUCCUCUAGAGUCUGAAGGGGCUCUGUACAAUUAUUCAGGAUCUACUGUGUAUCCUCCAUUUUGUAUGUCUUUUAGAAAUUCGUUUAUUGGUAAUUCUUUCUGUGUACCACGCAGACAGCAAGCGUGGAUUGUCAAAAAUGCCACUGACAACAGUUAUGUAGGGGUUGGCAUGGGUGUGAUAGGAAUGGGAGAUGAGUUAGCACGUAAGACGUUCCAACCUAAACACCCUGCUAACAAGUACCUAUGUCCAAAUCAGAUAGGUACGGUACAAAAGGAGUUGCCAUGGACAGAUUGUUCUGUCCGAGUUCCCAGAAAGGUUAAGAUGCCGGCAACCACAGACUUUAACAUUUACAAUUGGGCACCCAGGUUACGUUGUGGUCGCUCUGAACAACUGACACGGUUAGACAAAUACACUGACUAUGAGAAAUGGCACAUGCCAUGUCAGAAUUUUCAGAAAAUUGAGGACUUACUAGAAGUAGACAUGGCUGGUUCUAGACUUGCUAUUGAAGCAGGUCCUAUACAGAACACGCAGUGGAAGAUAGUGGCUGCCACGCAGCCGAUAUACAAGUUUAAGGUCAAGGUGAAGAACUCAGGACUUGAUCUUGAGUAUGACAGUCACAUCAAUGUCACAGCAUGUGUUUUUGCUCCUUAUGUAAUGCUAGUAGGUAACAACCUACGAAUUUUUAAAAAUGACCAAGGUCUAUAUGAGAUCAACUGCACAAAAUGCCGACUACAUCAAUGCCUUAGUCCUAAACACCAAGAUUCAUAUGUUGCUAUCAUGUAUCAUCCACCUUUAAUGUGGGUACCUGUCAACUUGACAGAGACGUGGGCAUCUACGCCUACUGUGCACAUUGUUCAAAAGGCAUUUAACAUGGUUAUACAUAGGUCCAAGAGAAUGAUCUUUGCAGUUGUAGGAGCCGUAGUCUCAGUAAUUGCCAUGAUCACAUCACUAACCACGGCAACAUUGGCAUUAACUUCCUCUAUUCAGAACCAUGAGUUCAUACAGGAAGUGGUGUCUAACUCUUCCAAAUUAUGGCACACUCAGCAGAGUAUUGACUUAGCUUACAGAGAUGAGCUGGACAGUUUAAAAGAUGCUGUGUUUUGGUUAGGUAAAGAGGUUGAAGCUUUACACACAAGAAUUACUUAUCCCUGUCAUUACAAUCAAACGGGUUAUUGUAUUACUCCGUUGCCAUAUGAUAAUGUGUCAUAUGAAUGGCAACUGGUCGUUCAGCACAUCAAGGGUGCUUGGGGAAGUCAUAAUAGCACCUUGGACAUUAUUAAGUUGCAACAGCAGAUCAACAAAUUAGACCAAAUUGUAUAUGAGAAUGAAGCUGCAAAUAUAGCUGCAAAUUGGGAAGCAACUUUAUCUUCCCUAGAUCCCCAAAAUUGGUUUGGUAGAGCUAAUUUGACCAGCAUUGGUACUAUCAUUUUAUUCAUAUUAUUGGCUAUGGGUUUGAUUAUACUUUGCAGCAGAAGCUGUAAAAACAGAGCCUACAUUCGAGGCAUACUGCCAGAAUUGGCACGGUCUUAUCACACUAGGCAAUUGGUGCCUGAAAAUGUUGAAUUGAACACAACCGUUUUAUGAAAGACCAGAGUAUCAUGAUACUUUACAUUCCAAUCUUUGAUAUAUACUGAGAAGGUGAAGGCAUGUUUGCUAUGUCACACGUCUGUCCCUCCUGAAUUGUUCAGAGAGGAUGUUUUUUCUUUAAAGGAAUCUCUCCCGCCACACAAUCAAAAAGAAAAGGGAGAGGAAUCUCAUAGAGAUCAGUAUUUCUAAGAAAUCUUACAGAGAUCAGUAUUUUGCUCUAAGAUCAGUAUUUAUAUUUUAGAGGACACUUUUUAAAGUCACUCUUUAUUGAUCAACCUUGAUUUUUUCUUUUGCACUAUUAAGGCCAGAACUUUGAGUAUAAAGAAGGUACUGUUAAUGCUCUGAUCCAGAAUUAUGAAGGUGCCAAGAUUUCUAGAAUUACAGUCACCUUACGGUCAGUAAGCAUGAGAACAUGACAGAAAUUGUUAAUUUUCAGUUGACCAUUCUGGAGAGUGAUGUCUGAUUGCAUGCAACGGGAAUCAUGAUGAAUACCAGACAGCCUAAGCCACGGUGAUGCAUUUUCCAUGUGAAAUGGAUGCUUGAGGUUGGGGAAUGCAGAGACAUAGUGCACUGACGCCCUCAGUCACUGGAGGUCCUGGCAUCGUCCUUCCAACCAGUUUCUUAGGUGGCAGGCAUCUGGCAGUGAGAGCGAAUAGAUCCCAAAGAUGCAGAAUCAGUUCAAGAGAAGGAAAGCAUUUAUCCUUCAGGUCCAGAGGAGGUCAGUUUUGCUAAUCAUGAUGAGAUCUGACAGCUUCUCAUGGUUCUGACUGGUGAAGAGUGACGUAGUUAACUGAAGCACCUAUCUUGUCAGACAGAGAACUUCUACCUCAUGAAACCAGGAUCAGUGUUAUGGAAAUUAUUUUUCUCUUUGACAUUCUAUAUUUUAUAUAAUUAUUUUGUUAAGCACAUAGAUAGAAAAAAGGUUCACACUUGAUUUUUAUAUUUGAGUUUUAUAAUCGGGUUUGAUUUUCUCACUGUGAAUUGUUAUGAUUGUGCACCAGUGUGUUUAUAUUUAGCGUGUGUUGAGUUACAUUUUGAUAUUACUCUAUUCAUUUGUGUGUCAAACAAAAAGGGGGAGAUGUAGCAGCCCAGCCCUAGACGUUGUGGGGAAGCAAGGAAUGUGAGUGAGCACAUGGCCAUUAUGUGCAUGGCAAUGAACUUUAUUGCCAGCAUGGCUGAAGUUUAGGCGCGAAACCUUGCUUUCCUGUGUCCCACUCACCUGAGGAGUAAAACCCCACCUUCACCUUGUCAUAGGUUGUAUUAUCCGAUAGGGGUACCCCAGAUAACUCAUCCAUAUGUAUUGAGGUAUCAUGUAACUGUUCAAUAUGUAUUGAGCUGGCAUGACUAUAAAUAAACCAGCUCCUCUAAGCUCCGCCCACUGGUUCAGGAUUCCUGGGUCUGGCAAGUAGCAACUUCUCCCCUGUCUCUCUCUUCUCUAUCUUUCUUACUAAGGCCUGGUCCUUAGACCAGGCCUGCCUUGCUAAGGCCUGGUCAUUAGUCCAGGCCUGCCUUACUUCCUCUCUUUCUCCUAAUGCUAUCUAGCAUUAUCUACCUCUUGUAGUUCCUAGUCUCCUUUCCAUCUGCACUAGCUUUGUCCUCUGACCGGUACGGUGUUAAAAGAGGAUCAUUGGGUGGUUUCAGCCUGAAUAUUCACACCCAGUGGUCGGAGCUUAGCUGUGGCUCAUACAAAUAAUAUUCGUCUACUGACUCGGUUACUCACAUCUCUAAAGUCGGCCCGUUCACGCCCUUCACGGGUAAAAAUCUCUUCUCUAUCUCUAUCCUCUCAAAUUCUUCCC